CUCACCCACAAUCUCCUUCAGUUACCGUGAUAGUGAAUAGCUGACUAGCCAGUGUAUCAUUACAAACUAGCCACUGCAGCAUUAUAAAUAAGCCAGUGCAUCAUCACAAAUUUACACUAUAGCCAAUGUGUACAACUAGCCAACGUGGCAUUAUAUACUAGCCAGUGCAUCAUCACAAACUAUAACUAAUGUGUACAACUAGCCAACGCUUCUAUAAACUACAGAGUGAUUUUGUAGUUUCUUAUACUAGCCACUAUCAAUACUAGUCGAAUUAUUAGUUUAACUCUUUACCAAGUUUAUUUACGAGUUUUAUAAAGAUGAUAAUGAGGACUGUUUUUGUCUGUUCACUGGUGAUGUUAGUAAGUGGUGAGGUGGUGAGAAUACCAGAUGAGAGAGGGAUGGGAGUGAAUAUUGGUGAGUGGGGAGAAGAUAUUGAGAGGGAAAGAACGGAUGAUGAUGGAAGGAGAGAGGCAGGUGAGAGGGAGAGAAUGGAUGAUGAUGGAAGGGGAGAGGCUGAAGAGAGGGAGAGAGUGAAUACAGGUGAGUGGGGAGAGGAUAUUGAGAGGGAUGCUUGUGAGUGUAAACAGUCACUGAAGGUCAACAAGACACGACCAAAUAUCAUCAUCCUUCUAGCAGAUGACCUGGGUUACGGUGACCUGUCCUACUCGGGUCAUCCCACCUCCAGGACCCCGCACAUCGAUAGACUCGCGGCCAACAGUAGAUUCUUCUCGCAGUUCUACGUAACCAGUCCCGUCUGUAGUCCUUCAAGGUCGUCGCUACUAACUGGUCGAGUACAGGUGCGCAGUGGCGUGUACCCUGGAGUCUUCACACCUGACAAUACACUCGGGUUACCUCUUAAUGAAACCACCAUUGCUUCCCUCCUCAAAGAUCAGGGUUACCGUACCAUGAUCGUGGGUAAGUGGCACCUGGGUGUGGGCGCCGGGGGAGAGUACCUGCCCACACAUUAUGGGUUUGAGCAGUAUGUGGGGGUUCCAUACUCCCACGAUAUGUGCCCAUGUCUUCAGUGCUUCCCAGGUCGCCAGCCUUGUUACGACACGUGUUGGCACUGGGACGUUUCCUGCCCAUUGUUCAGGAACACAACAAUAGUGGAACAGCCGGUGGAUUUACCCUCCCUCCACCAGCGCCUAGUGGAUCACGCCCUGGCCUUCAUCCACAAGGCUUCAUCCACCAAGCAACCGUUCUUCCUCUACCUGCCCUUCCACCACGUCCACCACCCACAAUUCGCAUCAAGUAAAUAUCAUGGGCGUAGUGAACGUGGGCGUUUUGGGGACGCCCUUCAAGAGUUGGAUGGGGCGAUAGGACAGCUUAUGGGGUACUUAAGGACGCUCCAGUUACUGCCAUCCACAUUAGUCUGGUUCACCUCUGAUAACGGACCCAGUAUGACCCGCCAUGAGCGAGGUGGCAGUGCUGGCCCUCUGCGGUGUGGUAAAGGCAGUACGUGGGAGGGCGGCGUCAGAGUGCCAACCUUUGUCCAUUGGCAGUCACACAUCACCCCUGGUAAGACGUCAGGACUCGCUUCGACCCUGGACAUCCUGCCAACACUAGCAGCCAUCACCAACAUCACCACCUCCCACCUCACCCUCGAUGGUGUGGAUAUCUCCCCCCUCCUCCUCGACCCAGUGGCUAAGAGCCCACGUCAGUUGUUCGCGGUGUACCCGGCGGCACCCACACAGGCACUUGGCCCCUUCGCUGUCACCAAUGGCACCUUUAAGGCUCAUUACUAUACUAAAGGCUCAGAUCUGUCCGACGCUACUAACUACGACCCCAUGUGUCCGGCCAAAAGCCUCCUGACGAAGCACGACCCACCUCUCCUAUACAACCUCCACCACGACCCUGGGGAGCGGUACGACCUCUCCAGCCACUCUCAGUAUGGACCCGUGUUGAAGAUGUUAACAAGUUGGAGGGAUGAACACAUGAAACAAAUGACUUGGAUGGUUCCUCGGACGACCACACUGGACCCCAGAGUCCAGCCGUGUUGUACGACCAGCAGCUGUGAGCCAUUCCCCGAGUGUUGUGACUGUCCAACCAAAACAACACACCCUAACCACAUCUCCAGUUACAGUUUAAAGAGUGUUGAAGAGUGGUUUGGGUAGUGUGGUUGAGACUGUUUUAAUCACACUACUACGUUCUUAACCAUAGACUACAUCUAUCACAAUUUUAUGCCUGUACCAUCCUCAUCACCGUCUCCUGCUUCCACCUGAGAUCCCUCGUUUGCAUCCAGCCCAUACGAGCACGAUGAUCGCUACAAGAACAACCCAGUCCUAACCACUGUAAACAUUAUCAACAACUCGUAAUCACCCAAUCGUAUCUUUUUGCACUGUUACUCUGUUGAAAUGCCCUGUAGUAUGACCUUCUCCCCACCUAGUAAUUAUAUAUCAUUGUAUCACUUAUGUUACUUGUAUAUUAUUGGUAACUGUAUAUUUUGAGUCUUUUGGCUGUCACGCUCUUUCAAUAAACUAUUAAUUAUUA